UUAAUAUUUCCGUGUUUUGAAAAAAUCGAGAUUUUCAAUUGUUCUUGUUUUCAUGACUUCCUCUGCAUUUUCAUGUGUAUUUUAAUAUUUCACAAUUCCUGUCAAAUCAGACGUCGAUUUUUUUUUUUUAAUUAUAGUUUUUUUUUCCCCCAACAAACGUUGAAUUUAAAUAAGGAAAGGAAUAUUUUGAAUAAUAAUUCGAAUUCAUGAUUUCUAUUUGCAAAUUUUUCUGUACGAAUACCAAUUGAGUAUUUUGUAUAUAUAGGCUAUGACAAGACUGUUUGACAGCAGAACUUGUAAAUCCUGUCAAGUUGCAAGAUUAAAAUACCAUCAAGAAUUUGAAAAUUCCAUUCAGGUAAAUUUACAGAUCAAGAGAAAAGGAACACCGCGUACAAUAAAGGCGAUUCGUCAGCAAAUUGUAAAAUUUGACCUAAAUAGGAAUUCAACAUUGUCAGCAUCGAACGUUUGUUUGGGAAAAGCCACAUCGGUCAUUUAUUUCAAUAAAGCAAUUGAAAAAACCGUCUCAACAUCGACAGGAUCCUCGAAAUCUUCAGUUCGAUUAUCACAAUCAGAAAGAUCGUUACUUAAAUCAAAAGAUCAUCAAACGCAAAUCGACACAAGUCCAUCAUCGAAAGUUUUUCAAAAGCAAAGAUUAACCGCAUCAGAGACAGCUAAGCUUUUUGAGAGUUUGACUUCGAGUACAAGGCAAAAGUCCAGUUGUACACCGCGGAUCGAGAGAUUGACAAUUGGCGAAGGGAAAAUUGUUGAGCCAAGUGCAUUUAAUUGUCGGGAAAUUGAAAGCACUUGCAGAAGAAUAUCAAAGUCAAAAGCUACUUCUUACUCAAGGACAUUACGUCGAGCCGUGAAAGAUUCCGUCAAUUCCUCGGAGCGGAAACACACGAGAAAAAGAAUAAGCGACGGUGGCAAGAGGGGAAGUGAAUUUAAUCAAUCGAGGAAGCUGAGGCAAAAAUGCUUCGUUUCUGAAAAAUCACAGUCGUCCCCGGAAAAACUAAUGGCCCAAUAUCCCAAUCUUUCAUCUGAAGAAACUGUAACACACAAAAAAUACCAAGGUGAAUUGGGACUUGAAUUUUUAAUGCAGCACAUGCACAAAAGCAAUUUCCGAGAAUCGGCAGAUACUGACGAGAGCAAAAAAGGAUUUCCCUUUCAGACAACGCCCAGUGGCAACCUGAAAAUUAUUCCCGAUCAGGUAGUUUAUGAGUCAAAAAAAGUGAGUGUUUUGGUCGCUGAUCCUGAGAAGACACAAGUCAAUGUAAAUGACGAAUUAGAAAAAUCCGAUCUUGAAAUCAUUGCUCAGGAUUCAAUACAAUUUCCGCCUGGAAUCACAUACUCGACUGUUAAUCAACUACAAGUCCAGGAGAGACUCCCUCGUAUUACGCCAAUAUAUAGGCCAAGGACGCAACCGUAUCGAUCGAAAGCAACGGCUCAUCCGGGAGAGAUGGAACAGAAUCUGACUGAGCAAAAAGGGUCCACUCCCCAACUACCAUCGCCUCAGGAAAUCCCUCUAUCCUCACUCGGUUUCACAAUUGAUCAGCCAAUUGAAUGGGAAGUAAUAAAUCUUCCUGAAAAAACAGAUUUGUAUCAUGAACUCGCCAAUCGAAUCACUAAUUACAAGAAUGCCGACUGUAUAGUGAAAAUCGAAGAAGACGAAUUUCACUGUCACUUAUUGGUCCUUCAAAGUUAUAGUUGCUUUUUUGAUGCAAAAAAUUGCAAAGAAAUUGAUUUAUCGGGCAGCAGCGUUACAUCAAAAGCCUUUUCGUUAAUUUACGAUUGGAUGAUCACCUCAAAUAACGAAAGUUGCCAACUUUUGAGGCGGGACAAUAUUUUAGAAAUUUUCGUUGCUGCUCAAUAUUUAGGAAUCAAAGAAUUAGAAGAGCAGUGUUGGGCAUUUAUCGAUAACAAUGAAUUAUUCUCCGAGGACACGGCGUUCCUCUUAUAUUUGGAAGCACGAAAAAUUAGUAAUACAGCAGUUAUGGAAUUAAUGGUACCGAGGAUAAUGAAAUUUUUCCUAAUGCUCGUGAGCACAAAAGACUUUUUGGAACUUGCUGUAGAAGAACUUUGUCUACUUUUAAAAUCGAAUUAUAUUUGUGUUAAUAGUGAAAUGGAAGUUUUAAUGUCAGCCGUUCGAUGGUUGAUGCACGAUUGGGAGAAUAGAAAGAAAAAUAUGCUCGAUGUAUUGAAAUGCGUUCGUUUUGGUUUGAUUGCUCCAUGGCAGUUGGUUGACGUGAAAAGAAAUCCAGAGAAUCCUGAAUUUAUGGAACUCAUGUCAUGUCCGGAAGUGCAGAAAAUGGUGGACGAUGGCCUCGCAUUCGUCAUUAUUAAAUACUGGUAUGGAAAUCAAACGGAAGAUUAUUAUCACUGGAUUGAUUUGCUGGGACUAACGGAACCGACCAAUCGAAACUGGGCGGGCGAAGACAAGAAUUAUGUAACGUACCGGGAAUUCCUUUCGUACCUCGAGGACUAUAGAAUGAAGCAAAUGUCCGAAUUAAAAGGGAAAAAUUCACGACAAAAAUUAAUGUACCCGGAUUCAUCGAUAAACGAAUGUUCAUCGUCACCUACGACAAAAGCAAGAUCAAUUUUUCCAAAAUUUUGUAACAACGUGGAUCACAAUACUCACAAUUUAGCCACAAAUUCGAAGCACAAUUCAAAAGCCUGUCCAUCGGGAUUACAAACAUCGAAUCGAACAUCUGGUAUGAUUUCGCCAUCAGAAAUGCUAAAUUUUUUCAAUAAUAUGGACAAAAAUCCAAGAAUUACAAAUCCAUUGACGAAAGCAUCACAAUAAUUUUUGUUGAAAAAAUAAAGAAAAAGACUUAAUAUAAUAACAAAUAAUAUGUGAAAUAGAAAGAAAAAUUUUACUCA